AUGGAACUUGAGAAACGCGACUGCGAGGUGGGGGACACAGACGAUGGAGACCGAGGGGAGGACAACGCCCGGGUUACGAUAACACAGAAUAGCGAAAAGGAAGACACCUGCAACGGGUGUGGGAAAACGCUAGCCAAAAAAUUGAGUUGCCCAAUAUGCCUGAAAAAAAAAAUCCACAGCUACUUUUGCACACAGGAAUGUUUCAAAAUUUCGUGGAAAGAACAUGUGGGAAAAGUGCAUGAGAAGUGGAAAAAGGAGGAACAGGAAGAGAAAGAUGCAAAGGAAGAGGAAAGAACGAAUCAUAUCCAAACGGUCAAUGCCGAAGAGGAAAAAAAAAAAAAGUUCAUGGAAAUCAUAAAAAAACAAUUGUCACCUGAACAUUUCGAUCCAACGAACAGGAAGUAUUGGAUUUAUGACAAACAUUUGAAACCUUUCGUCAAUUUUGUAUUUACGGGGAAUUUGAGACCUUGGCCAAUAACAGAAAUGAAUGCCGUACCGGCACAUAUAGAAAGACCAGAUUAUGCAAUCACAUCCAUCCCGGAAUCGGAGUUAAAAUAUAAAAGGAAAAGUGAUAUAUAUGUGAAUAGCCAAGAAGAGAUUCAAAAUAUAAGGGAGGCAUGCAUUCUGGGGAGAAGGACAUUGGACUAUGCUCAUUCGUUAGUAGCACCAGGAGUAACAACGGAUGAGAUUGACAGAAAAGUUCACAAUUUUAUUAUAGAGCAUAAUGCUUAUCCAUCACCCUUAAAUUAUUAUGAAUUCCCCAAAUCGUGUUGUACCUCUGUAAACGAAAUUGUGUGUCAUGGGAUUCCUGACUUGAGACCAUUACAGAAUGGGGACAUCAUCAACAUCGACAUAACUGUUUUCUUAAAAGGGGUACAUGCAGAUUUGAAUGAAACAUACUUUGUUGGUGAUGUGGAGCAAGUGCCAAAGGAGGCGAAGGAACUCGUACAGACAUGCUACUUUUCCCUUAUGGAAUCGAUAAGGAAAUGCAAACCGGGGAUGUUAUAUAAAAAUAUUGGCAACAUCAUAGAUUCGUAUGUAUCCAAAAAGGGGUUUUCUGUGGUACGUACUUACUCGGGUCAUGGGGUUGGAAAAUUGUUUCAUUCAAAUCCGACUAUUCCUCAUUUUAAAAAAAAUAAAGCCGUUGGGAUUAUGAAGGCUGGCCAUGUGUUCACCAUUGAGCCGAUGAUCAAUCAGGGACACUACAGUGAUGUCUUGUGGCCUGACAAGUGGACCAGCGCCACGUCUGAUGGGAAAUUCUCGGCCCAGUUUGAGCACACUUUGUUAAUUACCGACAAAGGCGUCGAAAUUUUGACCAAGCGGUUGCCGGACUCGCCGAGUCUGGGAUUCGACACGAGGGACGAUUUGUACGACGUGUAG